GUCAACACGAAACAUGUGUGUGAAACACGGAAGUAAACUUAUUAUAUUUAACACAUGUAAACGCAUCAAAUAAACAUGACAUUUUGCUUUUGUAAAAGAUAGUUUUAUAGAAUGCGCGAGACCGGAUAUUGUCUUAAACGUUACAGACACGUCACGUCCAUCAAGAAUUACGCGCCCAAACUCCAGUAUUGAUGUUUUGUCUCUCCAGUGCAGGGGCUUGUCUGAACAUGGCUGCCCAGUCUAGAGAUGUGACCCCACUGCGGUGAUGGAAAGAUGAAGACGGAGGUGCCAGAUUCAUCUCUCCUUCAUUCUUCUCACUAUAUGUUGUUUGUAGGAGGAGCUGAAGAAAAGAAAAAAAGGAAUAGAUGGAGAGAGAGGAGAAUAAACAGGCAGAGGAGAAAGUGUGGCUGGCCACAUCUGAUAGAGAAAGAGAUGAAGAAGGACAUAUUGAUGGUUUUUCAGCUGAAAGAGGAGCGAUGAUGGGGACGGAAGUGGGUCUGGUUUUACCAGGUUUCUUUGGGAACUCACAGUUGGAGGAAAGUCCACCAUUAGGACUCUCUCUUUCCUCGGACCAUACGGACACCUGGGCUCCGUCCAUCUUGUCGUCCUCUUCCUCCUCUCUGCCCUGUCUCUCUCCUCCUCUUCCUCCGUCGGUGGGGCUGGAUGGCGUGCUGGCAGAGGAGCGGCUGGUUCUGGACGUGUAUCGGGGCGGAGGAGAGGUUCUCCCUGUGUUCUGGGAGUGUGUUCAGGAGCGGAUGAGAGGCCUGCAGUACCUCAGACUGGGAUCAGAGGACGAGGGGGCGCUAGAGAGAGCGCUGGGUGUCCUGCCCCGACUCACACAACUGCGCUCUCUGACUAUCAGAGGACACCGUUUCCAUGACCCUCAGGGUGACCCUCUCCCCGGCCUGCUCUCCUCUCUCCCUGACUCCGUCUCCUCUCUGUCUCUCCUCGUUCACCUUGAUCUCUCCUUCAACCGUCUCUCCUCUCUUCCUCCCUGUCUCCUGUCUCUCUCUCAUCUCUUGGAUCUCCUGCUGUGUCAUAACCGGCUGACAGGUCUGCCGGAGGGUCUGAGAGCGCUGGCGUCCCUGCGGCGGGUGAGUCUGCUGGGGAACAGGCUGGUGGAUCUGCCCCGGGGUGUGGGCCUCCUCUGCAGGCUGGAGGAGCUGGACGUGUCCUUCAACCAGCUGGAGAGACUUCCAGAUGAAUUCGGCCAACUACAGGACUUACAAAAACUAGAGCUGUCAAGUAACAGGCUCAGAUCACUGCCAGAGACUCUGGGGUCUCUCCGCUCUCUGAGGCAGCUAGUAAUCCAGAGUAAUGAUCUGAGGAGUGUUCCUGAAUGUUUGCGCUCCCUCCCGCUGCUCGACAAACUAGACUUGAGGAACAACCCGCUGGGUCGACCGCCGACGCCCCCACUGAUCGCCCACGUGACCCCAGUUCUGGAAGAAUCUGAGAUCCCAGAGCUGCACCUCGGAUUUCAUCAACACAGUUUUCACGUAUCACCUGCUGGCUGUCACGUGUUCCUUCCUGGAGGGGCGGAGCUCUUGUUUCCACGGAGAUGCGUAAAUGCAGUCACACAACUCCAGUGGGCGGAGAGGAGACCAGACAGAAAGUGGGUGUGGCUAGAGGAGCAUGACAUCCUGUUGAGUCGACAGCUGGAGCUCCGCCCACACGGAGCCACAUUUGAGAAGCCGGUAGAGGUGUGUAUUCCAUAUCACAAAGCACGGAAAGGUGAUGCUGCUGUUCGCAGGUUUGAUGGUCGGUCUUGGACGACACUACCCACCCUGACCAGAAGGGGAAGUGAGAAACACAGCUGCAGGCCAGGGGGACGCCCAGCGCGGUUGGCCUGCUGCAGUGUGUCACAGUUCUCGUGGUUUGUGGCCGUCUCGCGCCCUUUCCUGGACAGUUGCUCUGUGUCUCCAGAGGGGGCGCUGCUGGUGUCUCAAUUUGACCCGGGGAUUAAACUUACUUUCCCUCCAGAGUGCACAACAGAGACACGUACGGUCACAAUGCAGGUCCUGCAGGUGGCGCUGUCUGAAGUGCAGGAACUGACCAGAGACCCUCAUGCGAGUGCCAGCCCACUGUUGUGCCUCUCUCAAACUCCCAGCAUGCACUUCCUUCAGCCAAUCAGAGUGCAGAUUCCUCUUCCACCUGGAGUGACUGGACAGAUGGUGGACAUGUCCCAUUUGCACCUAAUGCACGGUGACCCCACGGCCCACACCUGGACUGACAUCACCGCUCAGGUGUCGCUUUAUGUCACGCACAUCUACGCCGUUUUCUCCAUCACACACUUCUCAUGGUGUAAAAUAUUGCCCCGAUAUUAUUCAAAUGCUGAAAGCAGGUUGGUGUCUCUGUUGGAGCAGUAUGAGGGUCCUCAGCCGUCUGAGUUGUGCGUCCUGCUGGAGGGAGAGCAGUUUUUUGCCGGUUUUGAGAGAGGCAUUGACAUCAAUGCAGACCGUCCGGACUGUAAAGAUGGCAGACUCUCAUUCACCUUUUACUCUCACCUGAAGAACAUUAAAGAGGUGCACGUGUGCCCGAUCCACCCACAGCAGGGCACAGUAAGAGGACAGGUGUCAUUUUACCGCGGUGAAGUGCCCAAUGAUCUUCCAGAGGAAGUGGCCAGUAAAAGAAAAGGUCAUGACAACCAGUGGAUGGCGACGCUUCCUCUCCGGAUUCCUAACGCAGACUGUGAUGGGAGCAUCUCCGGCGAGCUGAACCUGGGCGACCCGGAGAGCGGCUACCUGACACAGACCAACCUGCUGUCCAUCUCCUUACGCAUCAACCACGAGUGGCAGAACAUCGGCAUCAACCUGGGCAUCAGCUACGACCAGCUGGAACGCAUCCGGAACCAACACAGGGACUUUGGGGCCCAGGUAUUGGCGAUGCUCUUUCAUUGGGCGAGAGCGCAGCAGGGGGCGGGGCCUGGGGCGGUGCAGCGGCUGAUGAAAGCGCUGGUGGACAGUGGUAGGCGGGACUUGGCGGAGGAAGUAGAGGACGUAGUGACUCUGGGGAAGAGGAAGUAUGAAGAAUCACUAAAGAGAGUCGGACUGGAGACAGCAGCCAGCUCUACAGACCCUCAGUCCAGCUGACACACACUCACAUUUUGCUGCCAACAUCAUGACAUAUAAACUCCCACCAGCAGCACUGCAGACCAACAGUGACACACGCAGACAUACAGUGCAGCGUCUCGUCUCACAGGACAGUCACUGGGUCUCAGAGCAGCUGUCCGUCUGAAUGAUGUCUUCAUUAGAAGUCUGUCUCUCUCUCCUGUGCCUCUCCAGCUCACAGUGUCCAGCAGAUGUAUUUUAUUUGUAGUGAGACACAAUGCUGCACAUUUACACUGAGCCAAAUGAGCCAUCCGUACUUGUUACAUGUUCUUAGUGUUUUAACCAAGAAACAAUCAAAAAUAUUUUUUAUGUACGAGGGUGAAUCCCACGCAGCCUCUCAAAAAAGGUCAUAUUUCACCCUAAAAUCAAAUAAAAAAUGUGAUUAAUUUAACGUUAACUUAUAUUCAAUAAAUAGUUAUAAAUUUUGCAUUAAAUAAAUGAAGCUAUUUUGGGACAAGCACAUUUUAUCCCCCCU